UCACACAGUCUCCUCCAAAUGCAGCGCAUCAAGCGUCAAUUCCCCACCAUCGGCCACCCUCUCCCUUGCCGUGGCCUGUCUGUUGCUUGGUGUAGACGUGUGUGUAGCAGCAGCAGCAGCAGCAGCAGGCGGGUGCAUCUCGCCCGGCCCGAAGGAGCUGGCGAUCGAUGACGGGCUGCCCUCGGUCGCUGAAAAUGACGGGAGAGAAGAGCAGGAAAUCUAUGUCGCGUUAUUCGUUGUUUGUGUUUGUUUGCACCCGAGAGUAUGGAGAUCGCCCGCCGGUUUGCGGAACGGAAUGCCUGGUCCACCAGCAGAUGCACGUCGUACAAGCCCUGAGAAGAGAGUACGAUGGGUGGAAGCCCAUGGCUGGCUGUGGCUCGUUCUGUGCUGACUGCGUGGCAUUCGUCGUUGCUGGUGAGGGCUGAUGGCAUCAAACACUCCACGCCCUUCCGAUCGGGCAGCAACACAGCCUGAGGCACACAACAUGCCAUGGAGACAUUGUUGGCUCCCAUCCAUCUCUUCGACGCACCUCAGUGGUGAAUACGCAUCCCGAGUCCCACUGGUUGGUCAAGGCGACGGAGUAGUCAUGGCCCUCCUGCAGCACUGACGUCCGGAUCUCUAGCCGCACGGGAAACGUCACGCCACACGGGAUCUUACACGGCAACACAGACUUGAUCACCAGCUGCAUACAAAGACAGAGACAGGGUCCAUGGCGCAACAUCAGUGCAACAGUCUUGACGCCCUCAUUACCUUUGUGAUGGGUGUGAGUUCGCCGGGCGGUCUAAUUGGCUUGGUGAACAGCACGGCGCGCCUCUCCUGCCCCCUCUCCCCGCUCACCGCUACACCCGCAAUCCACUUCUCAAAAUCAUCCCGCACAAUCGGCGCCUUGCGAUUGGACGACACCUCAUGUGUCAGCAGGGAGCCCAGAGGCUGGCCUAUCAGCCGCCUGCAGUACUCGUCGAUGGCGUCCACCAUGUGUGCGGGGGUAGGGUAGUCGUCGAAGCCGACCCAUAGUGCGCCGAAAAGCUCGGAUGAGACGCCAUGCCGGACCUCCACCAGCACCUGAUCGGGCCGCACUGUCCCUGUGGCAGUGCCUCUCUCGCCCCCUCCCCUUGACGCACUCUGGCUGGGAGAACAGCCAAGCGACCACACUGACGACGCCGGCGAGAAUCUUCCUGACACAAAUCCGGCUCUCACACCAGCUGCGGCCCGCGCGUCGUGCGGCGAUGGCGGCACGCUCGAUGCAGGGGACGAGCGACACGCCGCCCCUGCCCCUCCCCCUCCCCCAGUGACGAUGCCAUCGGCCGGGUGGUUGUUGGGCAGCGAUGCCGACUGCGUGUGGUACACGGCAUGGGGGGACGAGUGGGGCGAGCUGCGAGACGAGAAACCGCUGGCGGAUCCGGGGGACAGAGGGCCACGGUAGUCCGUCUUGAGGCGCGCUGCACUCGGUCCUUUUGGCGGUCGUCCGAGGGCACUGGGCGUUGGGGGGCUCUGAUGCGCGCCACCCGGGCGCUCAUCAGUGCUGCGGCUGCGCCGGGUGGUCCUCUCGGGCGAGAGCGAUCGAGAGAUGCGGCGAUGGGGCCGUGAAUCGUGAUGGUGGACGCGUGGGGGAGGGGGCGGCCUCGGCGGCGGCAUAUCAGCACCUCGUCUGCCCUCCUCUCUCGCCCGUCUCUGUGGUGGCGUGUGUGAGGGGCUGCUCGAUGACUGCCUGCCCUGCGGAGGGGGCGAGGGGCUCCUGGGCGGGAGAUACAGCUUCAAUGGCGGCAGGUCCGUCCUCGGCUGAGCCCUGGAUGCCCCACCCCCAUAGUAGUGCCUCUGUCUCUUGGCCGCCUUGGACGACGUCCGACUGGUCGACUCCGAUGUCCAUCCACCGCCACUCCUCUUGCGCGGAUGCGGCAGGGGGAGGCCGUCGUCAGACAGGACGGCGUCGAAGGAAGUGUCUCGACCGCCAUUGAUGCGGUGCCGUGGCUGGUGUUCGAGUGCAUGGUCAGAGUGGUCGUCUGGCCAUGCGUCGGGGUCGUCAAGUGCCGGAGGGGCUGAGGGGUUGCUGGGGUGGGAAAGGCGGAGGGGCGGCUCUUGGAGGGCAGGAGCAGGAGGGCGAUCAUCCACUGGGGGAAGCUGCUGAAGGGACAUACAGAGAAAGACUGUAUGUGGGAGAAACUGAGCCCCUUCAUUCUUUUACCUACCUGAUGUGUGACGUGUCCGCGGCUUCUGAGCUCGGCGACGACGCCCUGAAUGGCCGACGACGGCUCGCCCAGCUUCAGCAGCACCGCCGACAAGUGAAUCCUGAUGGUCCCAGGGUCGGCAAACCUGCACCUCUCGCCAUCUCCAUCCACACCAAUCUCCCCCCUGCCGCUCUCCCUCUCGCCCCCGUGGAUGCGUGUCUUCCCCUGGUCGAAAGCCCGCUGGCAGUCCUCCUCGAAGACGCACCGCUUCAGUGCCUUCAUCAGCAUCUCUCUCGCGCAGUGGAGGUAGAAAAGCCUUUGUGCCUGCCGCUUGGCCACCGACGCCCUCUGCGCAUAUGCGAUGCCCUUGGAUAUGAGCCUGUCAACCGUCGGCGAUGCCUCUGCAAUACCACGCAAUGCAGCGCAGUGCAGUGCAAGCAUACACCACGACGCAUGCAGACGGCUGAUGGGCGCUUGGCUUUGCAAUGGUGUGGUUUGUUACCGGAGUCUGGCGGUGAUGGAGAAGGCUCCACGUGCCGCAAACAUUGAGGGCAGACACUGCCCAU